UCCAGAAUCCAGGAAGAGAGCUGAUCUGCUGGCUAGCCGCAGCUCCUGCUGCUGCUUGACUGCAUACGGGGCCUUGGAGAGCAGGCUGUAACCGCCAGGGCCAGCGAGACAGUGAGAGCAGGAGUCCGCCACCGCGACAGCGGAUCGGCAAACCACAGGUCGGCACAAGUACAGGCUGGCGCACAACGGGACGGAGGUGGCAGCGUCUGUGAAGGGCUGUACACCGGCAGGCUGGUGGAAGAUGUCUUCAGGAGGCAGUGGGGGGGUCUCGGCGUCAGAUGGGCCCAUUGGGGUCCCCUUCCCUGACCACAGCAGUGAGGUACUGGGAGGUCUGAAUGAGCAGCGCCAAGGAGGAGUUUUGUGUGACGUGCUCAUUAUCGUCCAGGGCCAGGAGUUCCCGGCUCACCGCUCGGUCCUGGCAGCCUGUAGCCCCUACUUCCACAAGCUCUUUACCUCGGGUGCAGUAGCUGAUCGUCAGAGCGUCUAUCACAUCGAUUUUAUUUCAGCAGAGGCGCUUGCUGCCCUCCUGGAGUUUGCCUACACGGCCACUCUCACCGUGAGCACCUGUAGCAUUCGGGACAUCUUGAGUGCCGCUCGACUGCUGGAGAUCCAGGCUGUCGGAGAUGUGUGCAGCCACCUGUUGGAAUCGGACGUCCUCAAGCAACAGGAGAGGAUGGUCUCCAAGCAAGAGGACCAACAGGGACGCAAAGAGCUGGCUGACCUAGUUGACCAGGGGAACCAGCUCAGAGCCCAGGAGUUCCUGGAGUUCUUCCAGAGCCACAGCUCGCACUUUAGUAGUAGCUGCAGUACCCCUGACCUCAGGGAUCUCCAGCCGCACCAGCACUUGAGCCAGCGCAAUGGAGGAGAGGGGCUGCCAUAUGAGACGAAUGGGACUGCUACUCAAGAAUACUACUCCUCUCUGGCACUGGCACUCGCUCAGCCACCCUCUCAUUACCCAGUGGGGGAUGGAGAUGAGGAGGACAAUGAGGAGGAGGAGGAUGAGGAAGAGGUAAAGCUCAGGAGGUACCCAUUUUCCUGGGUGCAAGGAGCAGAGGGUGAACCCAGAGGCGAGGCUCCUCUUGCUUCCUCCUCCUCCUCACAGAAUGGACAUUAUGGCGUAGCAGGGGAGAGGGGCAAUCUGUCUGCAAGUGCACUGCUCCAGCAGAUGAUGGAUUCUUUUGAACGGCAGAAAGAGCUGGAGGCUGCAGGCGAGGAGGUGGACGGCGAGGAGCACGAUGUGGAAUUUUACCUGAAUUACUUUAACAGCGGGCGGCAUGAUGAUUUAGUGGGCGAGGGUCUGCCAGCCUGGACGCCACAUGGUGGCGACACAACAGGGAGCCUGGGUGUCAAGAAGAUGCGCUCCAAAGCAUUCCAGAAGUGUCCCAUCUGUUCCAAGGUUAUCCAGGGAGCAGGAAAGCUGCCUCGACACAUUCGCACACAUACGGGCGAGAAGCCAUACGAGUGCGACAUCUGCAGUGUGCGCUUCACCAGCAGGGGGCGCUUUCUCCCUGGGAUUGUGUUCUUUAUUGAAUGCAGGACAUACGUGAACCUGGAUGUAUGUAACCAUGGCGGAUAUAAUCAGACAAGAGAAAUAUGGUACAAAAAGAUAUAUUUAACUUGCUUUAAAAUGUAGCUUUCACUCCAAAUUUGCAAUAUAGUAUAAUAAAACUAUACAUACAUAUCCCAGAAGCCUUUGGAGCAAUAUUAUCAUCAUCCAGUUCUUCAGUGGCAAUCCAGAUGAAUGCACGUUCAAUUGGCUGGACAGAGUGGAAGUCGGCAUUUAGAUGGCUUCUAGCUUCUGGAUGGUUUUUCUCCAUUUUAUAUACUCGCGCUUUUUAUAAACCUUGCUAGAUAUGAGCAACUGCCACCUGAGCUGUGCUCUUCUCAGACCAACAUAGCACUUUUUUCACCUGCUGUAAUCAUUCGCAGCUUAUGUGGACAGUGGCCCUGGCGACAUAUACGAGGGACAUUCAAAAACUUUCUGCCCUUUUAUAUUUUCGUUGGAAACGGUGAAGGUGGGAAAAGUAGUAAUUGGUCAUUCUGAGAGUGUCAUGUGACUAGUUCUGUCUGGCAAGCCGGCUGCCCUUGCUGUUUAGUAUACGAGUCGUCACCCUGUGGUGAAGAUGGCUACAAAACUUAUAAACUGCACCAAAGAGGAACAGCGUUCUGUCGUACGCUUUUUGUGGGCGGAAGGUGUGGUGGGAGCUCAAAUUCAUCUCUGCAUGUGUGUUCAGUACGAGUUCUCUCUUGUAGAGUCGUCUAUGAGUGGAUUGAAAUGUUCAAAAAUGGCCGUACUAGUGUGACGGAUGUAGAGU